UAGUCUGAUUGUACAUCCAGGGGUAUAGCGUUAGUCUGAUUGUACGUCCAGGGGUGUACGGUUAUUCUGAUUGUACGUCCAGGGGCAUAGCGUUAUUCUGAUUGUACGUCCAGGGGUAUAGCGUUAGUCUGGUUGUACGUCCAGGGGUAUAGCGUUAUUCUGAUUGUACGUCCAGGGGUGUAGCGUUUCUCUGAUUGUACGUCCAGGGGUAUAGCGUUAUUCUGGUUGUACGUCCAGGGGUAUAGCGUUAUUCUGGUUGUACGUCCAGGGGUAUAGCGUUAUUCUGGUUGUACGUCCAGGGGUAUAGCGUUAUUCUGAGUGUACGUCAAGGGGUGUAGCGUUAUUCUGAUUGUACGUCCAGGGGUGUAGCGUUAUUCUGAUUGUACUUCCAGGGGUAUAGCGUUAUUCUGGUUGUACGUCCAUGGGUAUAGCGUUAUUCUGAUUGUACGUCCAGGGGUAUAGCGUUAUUCUGAUUGUACGUCCAGGGUUUGCUGUUUCAAACGCCGUGGUUGUGAUUCAAAUAUACAAGGGACAUAAAAUGGAAACGUUUACUGCGAAUAUGAGUGUAAUAGUCAUCAACAUGAACCACAGUAACUGCAGUGAUACUUCUGCUGACAUUAUGUCCGUCGUGGAAUCGGUGACCGUCCUCAUCAACCUGGUGUUGUGUGUGAUCAUCUGUGCCGGCAAUACGCUGACCAUUGUAGCGGUGUGGAAGACACUCUCUCUGCGCACCGUGCCAAACAUGUACGUGGUGUCUCUUGCCGUUGCGGAUCUCCUUGCUGGGGUCAUGUCGUUGUAUCAAUGUGUCAAGUACCUUCCAAAAAUGCAGAAAAUAUUUGACUGCUAUAAAUUUAUGUGUCUGACUCGACACAUGCUGCUUGUGACGUCGCUCGCCGCUUCUGUACUGACCAUGGUUGUGCUGGCAAUUGACCGGUUAGUGUAUAUUAAAUUCUGUCUGCACUAUGACCGGAUGAUGACCCCACGCCGAGCGCUUAUGAAUCUGGGUGCCGCGUGGGGUGUGGCCAUCUUAGUGGGGACCGUCUCUCUGUAUCAUAACUCAUGGGAAACCGCGACUCAAUGUACCAUGUUCGAAGUGUUCACAGUCUACCUCCAACUGUACACCCUCGUCCCUGCCUAUAUUGUCUGCUGCAUCGUCAUCGCUUGCUGCUACUGCUACAUCGGCUUCAUCUGUUAUAGACAUCGUCGCGACAUUAUACGUCAGGAGCAGCUGACGGCGCCAGACAUCGCCCACACAUCGUCACGGCUUCGUCAGGGGUGGCAACUGAUACAGUUGUUCAUGAUGGUUUACGGGACUUUCAUUUUGUGUUGGACGCCGUGCAUGGUGGCGUUAGCUCUCGGUUACACCAUUGGAAUCAACACAGACGUCAUGAACUUUCUCGUUCCUCUAGCAGUCGCCAACUGCGGCAUGAACUUUUUCAUCUACGCUUUCAAAAACUCAGAUUUCAGGAGUGCGUUUAAAAACAUUUUGUGUGGAAAACGCCGUAAGGCAGAUGGAUAUUAGUUAAUUUCUGUGGUAAUGUUGUGUCGAGAUACUACAGUGUUUACUAAUGUGUAAACGUGUUUAUUGAUGUUUAUUGCACUACUUAGGGCGCCUUACGUCCAUCACACGUCGUGUAAAAUAUUGCAUGGCUUGAGGAUUUCACCAUUUCCAACACUAUAAUUAUAUUCAGUAUUUUCUAUGAAUAAUGUCUACCAUAUAACUGGCCACAGCGAACUCUCUAAGGUAGUGUUAUAGGAGAGAGUCGGCUGUAGCCAUGUCAGUUCCAUCUGUUUACAAUGUGUCGUCAGAUUACUUUGUCCAGCCCCGAUGUUACAUAGCAUGGGGCAUAAUGUAAUAGAAUAAAAUACUGUGCUAUCAUG